AUGCCCGAGAGCUGCGCUUGGAGAGACAUGGAGGAAGCGGGCGCUCAGUGUGCCCCGCCGCUGUCCGUGAGCUCCCAGACGGGGCUUUCGCAAGCCAACGUCUCUGCUGCUCCCUCCCGCAACUGCAGCGCCGAGAGCUACAUUUACCAGGACUCCAUAGCCCUGCCCUGGAAAGUAGUACUGGUCGUGCUGCUGGCGCUCUUCACCUUGGCCACCACGCUCUCCAAUGCGUUUGUGAUCGCCACUGUGUACCGGACGCGGAAGCUGCAUACCCCCGCCAACUACCUGAUCGCCUCCCUGGCAGUCACCGACCUGCUGGUAUCCAUCCUGGUCAUGCCCGUCAGCACCAUGUACACGGUCACGGGACGCUGGACGCUGGGCCAGGUGGUGUGCGACUUCUGGCUGUCAUCGGACAUCACCUGUUGCACUGCUUCCAUCUUGCACCUCUGUGUCAUCGCCCUGGACCGCUACUGGGCGAUCACGGACGCCGUGGAGUACUCGGCUAAAAGGACUCCCAAGAGGGCGGCGGUCAUGAUCGCGCUCGUGUGGGUCUUCUCCAUCUCCAUCUCGCUGCCGCCCUUCUUCUGGCGUCAGGCCAAAGCCGAGGAGGAGGUGUCGAACUGCGUGGUGAACACAGAUCACAUCCUCUACACUGUCUACUCCACGGUGGGCGCUUUCUACUUCCCCACCCUGCUGCUCAUCGCCCUCUAUGGCCGCAUCUACGUGGAAGCCCGCUCCCGGAUUUUGAAACAGACGCCCAACAGAACCGGCAAGCGUCUGACCCGAGCCCAGCUGGUUACUGACUCGCCCGGGUCCACGUCUUCCGUCACCUCCAUUAAUUCGCGGGCUGCAGACUUACCCAGCGAAUCGGGGUCUCCUGUGCACGUGAACCAAGUCAAAGUGCGAGUCUCCGACGCCCUGCUGGAGAAGAAGAAACUCAUGGCCGCUAGGGAGCGCAAAGCCACCAAGACCCUGGGAAUCAUUUUGGGAGCGUUCAUCGUGUGUUGGCUGCCCUUCUUCAUCAUCUCCCUGGUGAUGCCUAUCUGCAAGGAUGCCUGCUGGUUCCACCUGGCCAUCUUUGACUUCUUCACGUGGCUGGGCUAUGUCAACUCCCUCAUCAACCCCAUCAUCUAUACCAUGUCCAACGAGGACUUCAAACAAGCGCUCCAUAAACUGAUACGCUUUAAGUGCACAAGCUGA